UUCAGAUCGCUUCAUUCAUCAUAAGUCAAAACGUGUAUCUUUUUUUUCAGAUAUGUUAAGGAUACAUGCUUUUACCGGAACUAAUCUGUUAAACAGUUUAUUGUAUUGUAUUGGAUUUAGAAGCAGUGUGUACUGACAACACUAUUCACCUAGACAAGUAGUUACAUGCUUUCAAACUUGUAAUAUCUAUUGACUUUUGCCUCAAACUCUAAUUCAGUAAAUAUGUAAUCAUGGGGCAUAGUGAAACCAAGGUUCUCAAUGCGGUAAAAAGUGCUGGUAUUCUAUUUAUUUUAUUGUUUCACGUACUUUCUGUGAUAACAUGGAUAUUUGAUCAAACCACAAUUAUCGUGGACGGCAAACUUAUGGCAUGGAAAACAUACACUUAAAUACAUUUACAUUGAAUAUAUAUUCUGAAAUAUUGACAUGAACGAACAUGUUAAACUAGUGUAAGAAUGGAAUUAAGGACCAAUAGCUUAAGUAACAAUACCACAUUUUCAAAUAGCUCAUGCGAGGAUUACACAAUACCGGAUCUAAACGCAACAUCUAAGUUACUCAUAUACGGAUUUCUUAUUGUUAUUAUGAUAUUGACAAUAGUUUUAAAUAUAACAGUUAUAGCAAAAAUUAAUUUUCGACCAAAGCAUAAACUAUUCACUCGCUUUUUCUUAACAUCGCUGGCUUCAGUUGAUUUAUGUGUAGGUUUGACAACAAUGCCGUUCAAUAUAUUGGACAGGUUGUACGACCUACGGGAGUUACUCGGUCCAAAAACAUGUGAUUUGUAUAAUAGUGUUGACGUCAUGCUUUCAUCGUCCUCCAUUAUUCAUCUUGGCAUCUUGACUUUCGAGCGUUAUAUAGCAAUAUGCAAACCAUUGUCUUAUGGAAUAAAAUGCACCAAGAGACAGAUGAAAAUAUUCUGUAUAAUAAACUGGGUUUUAGUGAUACUAAUCUCGUUUGGAAUAAUUUUACCCGGAUAUCACCAAAUUGGUGCCGACCAUGUUGUGUUAGACUGCAUUUUGUCGUCUGCGCAUACAUGUACACUUGUAGUAAGUACCUACUAUGCAGUUUUAAGUUCUGCAGUGUCAUUUUUCUUGCCGGGAGUCCUUAUUCUUUGUUUCAAUGUACGUGUUCUAAAGCAUGUAAGAUACCAGAGCCAGUACAGGAGAAAAAUACUCCGUGCUAAAAUAUGUCGCAAACUUAACACCGGAAGACAGUCUCAGAGCAUGCGCGUUGCCAGGACAAUUGCUGUUUUAACCGGAUGUUUCUUCGUAUGUUGGCUGCCAUUUUUCAUAGUUAAUGUAUUUUCAGGAUUUAUCGAAUAUAAAAUACCUAUUACUGUUGAUUUAACUAUAUUAUGGUUAGGAUACACCAAUUCAGCAAUGAAUCCUCUACUUUAUCUUCUUCUUGAAGGAAAAUCGUGCAUAGGGAAAAGCUGAAAUAAAUUUAAACAUUUAUGAAUUCGUUAUGUUUUGUUUCUUGCGAUAUACACAAGAUAUAUGGGGCGUUCAUGAGA